GCUAGACAAUCAGUAUUUUGUGAUCUAAUAUUAUCCACAAUAUUUCUUUGAUAGUAUUUGAAGUGUUAUUGACAUAAGCAGCAUAAUAAAUCACAAAAAUGCCAAUUGAGUGUUCUAUUUGCAGAGAAGAACUGAUUCAGCCAGGCUCAACACUGUCAACAACGCCCUGUGGACAUGUUUAUCACAGGCAGUGCCUUUUAUUAUGGAUAGAAAACAAUCAAAAUACAGGAAGUUGCCCUAUUUGCCGUGCAAAUUUUGAUCCAUACAAUGUCAUUCCAUUAUUAACUUUGGAGGAAUCAACAUCCAGCGCCAGCAAUAAUCAACAACCCAUGAAUGUUGAUAAGCUUACAGAGAUGCAAAGUUUACUGAAUUCUGUUAUGGAUUCUCUUCUUGUUGCAAAUGAGGAACUGAAAGCUAAGGAUGCAAUAAUUGAGAGCCUAAAAAAGCGAAUUGAAAGACAGGAAACAACUGAUGAUUAUCAUGGAGGGGGUAAUUGUCCACAUAAAGUAUGUGUGAGACCAAAUAAUAAUAAUGAUGACAGUGGCUUAUCCGAUCUAGUGAACAGCUUGGAAGAUGAUGAACUAGAAUUUAAUUUGAGAAUUUCUUAAAAAGUUUAAUUAACAAAUUUCUCACCUGACUGUUCUUUAAAGUUACCAAAAGUGCCAAUUCAAUUAUUAAUAAAAUUAUUGGAAAUAAUUUUGCAUAAAUCAACA